AUGUCCGACACGAAGGUUGCCACGGCUCAGGCCAAGAUCGACACGGGCAAACAUGACUUCUCCGACCCCAAGAAGCCCGGAUCCAUAACCGACGGGGAAAUCCAGAACCUCGACGCCGCGGAAAUCUUCCUACGCGAGCACAACUUUAGUGAAGAAUACCUGCAAGAGUUGCUUGCGGACGAAGCAAAACAACGCAAACUAGUCCGAAAGGUCGAUCUGAUGCUCUUGCCGUUGCUUGCGGGCACAUACGUUCUCCAGUAUAUCGACAAGCAGGCCAUGGGAUACGCCGCAGUCUUUGAUCUUUUCACCAGCGCUAACAUCACACAAACACAAUACUCAUGGUUUGCCAGUAUAUUCUAUAUCGCUUAUCUGGUUGCCGAGUACCCCUGGGUCUAUGUUGCCCAGAAGACGAGAAUGGGCAAAGUUGUGGCCGGGUGUGUCUUCACCUGGGGCUCGGUGUUGAUGCUGACCGCUGUCUGUCAUGACUUCCCUGGCCUGGCUGCCUGCCGGUUCUUCCUGGGAUGGUUUGAGGCUCCUAUCACCACCUGCUUUAUGAUGAUGGUAUCUCAGUGGUAUCUGCGACAAGAACAGCCUCUGCGUGCUGGUAUUUUUUACUGCUGCAAUGGUAUUGGCUCUAUGCUGGGUGGUAUUUUCAGCUAUGGAAUCGGUCAGAUCCAUGGAUUUCCAGUCUGGAAAUGCAUCUUCCUAAUUUGCGGAGGUAUGACUGUUAUCUGGGGUGUGAUUCUGUUCUUCUUCAUGCCCGACAGCAUCAUGACAGCCAAAUACUUCAGUGCUGAGGAGAAGGCGCUUCUCGUCGCCCGCGCUCGCCAGUCCCGGACGGGUGUUCUCAACAAGAAGAUCAAGUGGUACCAGAUUAAGGAGGCAUUCGUCGACCCCCAAGUCUGGAUCCUUUUCUUGUUCAUUCUGCUUAAUGAAGUCAUGAACGGCGGCGUUGCCAACUUCGGAAAGCUCAUCAUCAAAGGCCUCGUCAAGGAUCCUCUCCUCACUACUGCUCUGGGUAUUCCGCAAGGAGCAUUCUUGGCAGGCUUCAUUGUUUUCGGGGCGUUCCUUGCUACAAAGAUCAAGAACGCCCGUACGAUCGUUAUGGCCGUGUUCUUGAUGCCCACAAUCUUAGGUGUCUGCCUGGUUUGGAAGCUGGAUAGAAGCAAGCAUAUGGUUGGUGUGCUCUUUGGGUACUAUCUGAUGACCGCAUUCAUUGCAUCGCUCGUCCUCGCUUUGCAGAUGCCUGCCACAAAUCUGGGAGGGUACACCAAUGCGUACUGCGCUGGAAACAUCAUCGGCCCGCAUGCGUUCUUGGAAGAGGAAGCUCCGCUUUAUGCCACUGGAUGCAAAACCAUUCUGUCCUGCUCCGUGAUACAAAUGGUGCUGGCUGUUUUGCUUCGUCUCCUCCUCAUCCGCCGAAACAAGCUGCGAGACCAGGCAGCCGCGGAACUGGGAGCAGAGUUGGGCCCAGAGGAUGAAGAGGGUGUUGAUCUGACCGAUUUUGAGAAUCCCAAGUUCAGAUAUGUUCUUUAA